UAAGAUCUAAUGAAUGAACAAGUUUUCUCAAAAUUUGCUUCCUCAAUGUCACUAUCAAUUAUCAUACACUUCAAAUUGAUUUUCUGAAAAGUAUGCUUCAGAGUUUAAAAAAUGAUGUUCCAAAAUAUGCAAUCCAGUUUCUGUUUUUUGCUUCUGGUUGCUGCUAUCCAGUGUUUACUGGUGAUAGUAUUUGGUAAAGAUAAUUACAGCAGAGGUGACUUCCCUCCUGGAUUUAUUUUUGGUGCUGGAACUUCUGCCUAUCAAGUUGAAGGGGCAGCAUUUGAAGAUGGAAGGACACCUAGCAUUUGGGACACUUUUGCUCAUGCUGGUUUUUCCGGUGGAGCCAGUGGAGACAUAGCAUGUGAUCUGUACCGCAAGUACAAGGAUGAUGUCCAACUCAUGGCCGACACAGGCUUAGAAGCCUACAGGUUUUCUAUAUCAUGGUCUAGACUUAUUCCUGAUGGAAGAGGACCUAUAAACCCAAAGGGUUUACAAUUUUACAACAAUUACAUUGAUGAACUUAUCAGCCACGGUAUUCAACCACAUGUUACACUAUUUCACAGUGAUUUACCACAGACACUUGAAGAUGAAUAUGGGGGGUGGUUAAGCCGAAAGAUUGUGAAGGACUUCACCGAGUAUGCAGAGGUAUGCUUCAAGGAAUUUGGUGACAGGGUGAUGUAUUGGACCACCAUUAAUGAGGCCAAUAUAUAUGCACUUGGAGGUUAUGAUUAUGGCUUCACCCCUCCAGGACGUUGUUCCCCACCUUUUGGAGUUAAUUGUUCUAGAGGGAAUUCAUCUACUGAGCCAUAUAUGGUUGUUCAUAACAUGUUGCUUGCGCAUUCAUCUGUGACGAAAUUAUACAGGAGAAAUUACAAGGUACGACUCAAGGAUUUCACUGAAGAAGCAAACUACCCAUCUACUCAACGUGGUUUUGUGGGGUUUAGUAUAUAUGGUUUGUGGUGCGUUCCUUAUUCAAAUGCAACGGCUGAUGUAGUUGCAGCACAGAGAACCAAUGAAUUUUAUACUGGUUGGAUUAUGAAUCCUUUCAUAUUUGGAGACUAUCCCUCUGUAAUGAAGAAAGCUGCUGGGACAAGAAUUCCAACCUUCACCAAAUAUGAAGCUAAGCUAGUUAAAGGCUCGGCUGAUUUCAUAGGCCUAAACCAUUAUACUACUGUAUUUGUUAAGUACAAGCCUUCCAGCAUUGAAAAGCAUAGCAGGGACUUUGGUGCUGAUGUAGAAGCAGAGUAUUCACUUGCGGCAUUGAAAGCAGAUCAGUAUCCAGUGAUACCUUCUGGUCUUUAUGAACUUCUGGAGUAUCUUAAAGAAGCUUAUAGCAACCUGCCGAUUUACAUUCAGGAAAAUGGACAAAAGACUCCGCGAAAUGGGACACUAAAUGACACGUCAAGAAUAGAAUAUUUGCAUGCCUACAUCGGGAGUGUUCUUGAUGCUAUUAGGAAUGGAUCGGAUACUAGAGGAUAUUUUGCCUGGUCCUUCUUAGACGGUUUGGAGUUACUUGCUGGCUAUGUAUCGGGCUAUGGAUUCUACUAUGUAGAUUUGGAUGAUAAAGAGUUAAGGAGGUAUCCGAAACUUUCUGCAUACUGGUACGCCAACUUCUUAAAGGGAAAAAACUCAACAAACAGUACAAUUCUUCAAGUAGGGAACAAGCUAAUUCCUAUUAACAAAUCUUAGUUUUGUUGCUACACUCGUUUUCUCUAAAAUGAAGGUGUUACAUUAUACAGACCGCUCUUGUGGAAGUACACUGGGUUUGUUAUUGUUCUUAUUGUAAGGCGUUAACAUUACCUAAAUUCUGUUGAUGAAACCCCACAGUUGGUUGUAA